GAGAGGCUCACUUCCGGCCGCCUCCCGUCGGGGCCCAUGGCUGCCCUCCUCGUGGCCGUGCCCCGGAGGCUGGCCCCCACGGCAGUGGCACGGGCUGGACCUCUCUGCAGGCGGUGGUGCCCAGCCUCCGGGGUGGACCCCAGGAGGUGGCUGGGGAGCCGGUCAGCCCCGUCCAAGAAGAGCCCGCCAGGCCCCGGCACCGAGAAGUUCCACCCUGUCUACAGGUUCCACGCCAUCCGUGCCUUCGGCUUGCUGUCGCAGCUGAAGGUGGCCCAGACGGCGCUGACUGUGCUGGCUCUGCCGGCUGGCUGCUACUGGCACUCCCAGGGCCUGGUGCCACUCAGCUCCCUGUACCUGGCCGGCGGGGUGGCCGGCUUCGCCCUGGCCAUGCUCUGCUGGAUGAGCUACUUCUUCCGGCGCCUGGUGGGCAUCCUGUACGUGAACGAGGCGGGCACGGUGCUGCGGGUGGCGCACCUGACCUUCUGGGGCUGGCGGCAGGACUCCUACUGGCCCGUGGCCGACGUGGUGCCCCUGACGGAGAGCCGGGACCGGCCCCAGGAGCUGUUCGUGCGCAUCCAGCAGUACAGCGGCAAGGAGACCUUCUAUCUCCCCCUGCGCUAUGGGCGCAUCAUGGACAGGGAACGCUUCGCCAGGGUCUUCGGGGCACUGGACCAGCUGAAGUGAAUGGCCUGGGCAGCCCUCGUCUUGGGAGAUUGGGGACUUGGAGGCGGCGGCAGCUCGGAACUGGGUUGAUGGAGUGUCCCUUCUGCAGAUCCCCUUGCCCCUGGGCCGGGCGAGCAGGCCACCGCAGGAAGAUGGGGUCAGCCUGAUUCUGUCCUUCUAGGCUCCCUGACCUGGGGCAGCCCAUCAGGGCUCUUGCGGCCUUGGCUUCCACCCCUGCGCACUCAGGCAGUGAUUAGGGACCUCACCCCAAGCCCUGCUGGGGCCCCGGGGACGGAGAGAGCCCGGGCUGAGGUGCUUUUGUCAGUCCGGUCCCGGCUCCCACCUUGUCCCCCGAGCUCAGAACCCCGAGGAGCGCCUGGCCCAAUCCAAGAAUUCA